CGCGGAGGGGCAGGAGGCGGUGGGGACGAGGCCGGGAUGGACAAGCUGAAAAAGGUGCUGAGCGGGCAGGAUGCCGAGGACCGGGGCGGCCUGUCCGAGGUUGUUGAGGCAUCUUCACUAAGCUGGGGUACCAGAAUAAAAGGCUUCAUCGCGUGUUUUGCUAUUGGAAUUCUCUGCUCACUGCUGGGUACUUUCCUGCUAUGGGUGCCCAGGAAGGGCCUACACCUCUUUGCAGUGUUUUACACAUUUGGUAACAUCGCAUCAAUUGGGAGUACGAUCUUCCUCAUGGGACCGAUGAAUCAGCUGAAGCGAAUGUUUGAGCCUACGCGUUUGAUUGCAACUAUCCUGGUGCUGUUGUGUUUUGCACUUACUCUGUGUUCUGCUUUUUGGUGGCAUAACAAGGGACUUGCGCUCAUCUUCUGCAUUUUGCAGUCUUUGGCCUUGACGUGGUACAGCCUUUCUUUCAUACCAUUUGCAAGGGAUGCUGUGAAGAAGUGUUUUGCUGUGUGUCUUACAUAAUACACGGUCAGUUUUGCAAAGCUUUGGAAGGCACUAUGGACAGAAGCUGGUGGACAGUUUUGUAAAUAUCUUCUAAACUUCUCUCUUACAGACAUGUGCCUUUUAUCUUGCAGCAAUGUUGCUUGUGAUUUGAACAUUUGAGGGUUUCUUUUGGAAGCAACACCAUGUCUCAAAUCCAGAUGUCUAUAGCACACUGAGAGGUGGGUUCUAUAUCUUAUGGAGUGGAACCUUCUUCAUACACCCGUGUCCUCUUUGGAUGGUGUCCCACUGAAUUCUCAUAAAUGAAAACCUUGUUAGGUAGCAGCAGAUAAGCCUGGGGAGUGAGUGAUUCCACGGAGGUGAGAGGCAGCCCCACUGGAGAUUGCAGAAGUGCAACAGUAAGAGACAGACUUUUGAGAUCAACAGGGACUUUGCAGCUUGUCUCUCAGCAUGGAGACCAUCACCACUGCAACACACAGCAUGGACACAUUUUUAUUCUGGUGUCUGAGAAUGAGUGAUUCUGCCCUACACAAGCCCGUGGAGCUCCUGGCCAUGGAGUGAAGUAGAAAACAAGCACUUUUUGGUAAUCGAUGUUGUUUCUUAAUCUGAACCUGGACAUUCUUGCUGUUCUGAUUCCACGCCUGACUAUGGAAUGUAUUUUCUAACAUUCAGUGCAGACUCUUUUGCUGUUUUUUUUUCUCCCUCAUUUUUUAUAAAUGUUUACUUUUAAACUGACCUUAUUUUUUGUUCUCCCCUGGAGCUGAGCCAGGGGAGAGCAGGUGGGAAGACAGAGCUUUGCUGUGUGAAGCAGGAAGUAAGCACGCCUGCCCAGUGACCUUUAAAUAGUCCCAGCGUCUGCACUUCAGCCUGUGCUGGAGACAUGGGAGGGGACACUACAGACUGCAGGUGGCCAGAUCUCAGCCUCCUGCCUAACCACAUAAAAAGUGCUUUUGUAUCUGUAAUCUUAUCUGGUCCUCACGAGAGCCUUGUGACAAAGCAGGGAUUGUUAUUCCACUGUGCAGUCAAGGAAAUUGAGGCCCAGAGUGGUUUCCAGAUCCUCUCAAAGCCACAGCUGUGGCAGAGUCAAGCCCCGAGCCUGUGUGCCCCAGCUUUGGUCUCCUUCAUGACCUAGUGUUUCCUGGUGUGUCUCUGGUCAUGUCUCCUGUCACUGUUUUCCCUGUUGUCGUCACCCAAGGCUGUGCCUUUUCUGGUUCUGAUCUCUUUAUGUUAUUUGUGCCAUCUCCUACCCAGUCCUCUCCCACCAUCUCCCUUUUUGGAAGCUUCCCCCUCGGUCUGUAGGAUGUUCACUGAUCCCUCGUGUUCCCUUUCAGCUUCUCCUUGUGCCUGACUAUCACCAAUGCCCGGUCAGCCAGAGUUCCUGCACUACAGGACUUCCAAAGUCACCCUACAAAUGAAGUCUACCCGUUUGUCUUUCUCCUUUUUACCAAGAACCAGCUAGUCCACUAGGGCUCCUGCUCUGGCAUCUCCAGACCAAAGGCAGUGGCCCAGUGGUUGUUUCCUUGCUUGUGGCUAGUGGUUUUCUUUAUCUUGCUGUGGCUAAGGACUCAAACUGACUGGUCUUUUCUUCUGAGCAUGGGAGGUAUGAACAGGCCAGAUGGGUGCCAGAGGGAAGGCCAGUCUUCCCAGGUCCUUUCUAGGCUGUUGAGGGCAUCCUGUCUUAUGCCGAGGUCCCUAACCUGCCUUCAGCCAGGAAGGGAAAUUAUAUGGAACUCUCUGGCUUUUGUGGGGUUCUGUCACAUCCCAGGUGCCCUUUGGAGACAGUUCAGAUUUCAGAAGGGCAAUGAGGGAAGUCAGGAGUGCUCAUGCUUCCUCCUCUGUAGAGCUGAUGUGAAGCUCAGCUGGUCACUACGAGCUCCAACCAGCCUGGAGUAAUACACCUAAAAGGCUGACUCCUCUGUGCCCUUUUUAAUAUCUGGACUUGACUUUGUGGGACAUGAGGCUCAGGUACCUUUUUAAGGUGUCACCAGGGGUGUAUAGCAUAGUGGUAGCGAAGGUAGGCUUUGAAGUCAAAUGGAUCUGGGUGUGGGCUGUGGCUAAUCGCAUACUGGUUGUGUCAUGUCCAGCAAGUUACUUAACUUGUGGCUCCUUAGUUUGCUCACUUGUUUAAAAAUAGUGGGGAUAAUAACAGUUUCUGCUGGACCAUUGCAGGAUGUCAGUGAGACGUGUCAAGUGCUUAGCACGGGGCCAGGAGAGGUAAAGUCUCAGUAAAGGGUAGGUGUUACUAUUUAAUCCCAGAAAUAGCUGAUGACCUUGGAAGGUGACAGGAUGAACAUCUCUGACUACUAAUUUUCUAACAAAUAUUUAUCUAUUGCUAUGUAUCUGGCAUUGUAGACACUGCCUUGGAUUAUCUCAUUUAAUAUUCACAAUGACUGCCAGGUCAGUGGUGGUUUCUCCAUUAUUAUAGAGAAGGAACAGCCUCAGAGAGGGUAACGGGCCUGUACCAGAUACCACGAGUAGGAGGAAUCAGGGAGGGGGCGUUCUUGGCAGGAGAUCAGUCUUUCAUGAAGGCUUCUGCUUUGCCCUAACUCUCAUGGCCUGUGGCCAGUCGGCUCAGACAGCUCUAGUCAGGACAUUAUCAGGAGCUUUCGUAUGAUCCUGCCUUCCAGGAUCUUCCAAACACCUAAAUUUUUCCGUCAGUUGCCUUAUCUUUUGGUUGUUUCCCUACUUGUUUUUGUGUGGACUGUGGGAGGAAGAAAUCCAUUUCAAAUCUGCUGAAAUCUGUUACCAAGCAACAGCUCUGGUUAAAAGCAACCUAGUGGAUGAGACAGAAGUUGAGAAUUAGUGUUUUAGACCCCGCAGCUGGUAGUGGUCUCUGUUUCCCUCCUCCCCUGCCUUCCAUCUUACCCUGAUCACUGCUGGGUGAAGGAGGGCUCACUUUAUUUUCGGAGUGAAGGGAAUGGCUGUGGUGACUCUUGUGGAUGGGAGUGUGGUUCUUAGCUGAGGGUGCACAUCUGCCUGUGUGGAAGCACUACCCGAGUGCCCUCUUCCCUGGGCUGUUCGCUCUGCAUGCACUGCAUUGUGUGAUGUUGGGAGGAGCACUGCCCUCCAGACCACCAGAGCCAGCUCCCAGUCCCCUUGGCCCUCUCGCCCUUCUUUCAAGCUCCAGAGACUGCUUAUUUGAUGUUGGGCAGGUCGUCUACUGACUCACUCCCAUCUCCUGUCUCACUAUCUCAAAGGUGUCCCCUUUUGCAGAACGUGCUCAGAGGGAGACUUCGCUUCUCCUGCCCUUCUGCGCGGCUGCUGCUCAGACCCCAGCUGGAGGUAUCGUGUCCCUGGGAGGGGUGAAAUGCUAUCCCUAGCUUAGCAUUUUCACUGGGUUGAUUAUCUCAGUGCUGGAGCGUCUAUCCAUUGCCCUCGUAUGAUGGCAUUGAGGAUAUUUUCUCUGAGUGCCACCUCCCUUCCACCCUAAUCACUGUAUACUCAGGGAGCAAGAAAUAACAUCAUGAAAUGCAUUCCAGAUAAAAUUAGUUUUUGAUACUUCCAUUAGGAUAGAUAAAAGUGGGCCAUACCAUAAAAAAGGUGUGGAGGAUACUGGUUUGGCGUCUGCUUUUGAUAGCCCUGUGAGAGUGACAGCUGUUGCAGUAUAAAGCGGUGGGAUUUGGAGUGAAUUGGGAAAUCGAAGCUCAGCCCUGUGGCUGUGGGUCCUCUUUGCUAUGGGACAGCUUACGCCAGGCAUUCCUUGUCUUCUCUUUUCUCAGAUAACUUCUGAUUGGAGUUGACUGCAGGAUUAUAAAUACUUUGAAGUUCACAGCCUAUCCUAAAACCUCAUUUUCAGCAAGUAACAGCAACAAAAAAAUCAGUGUUUAAAGGUUUGUGAGGCCAUUUGCUAGAUUUUUGUCAUAGUUUUUUAUUAAUUUAAAAAUCCAAGAUUUUUUUUUUUUAUGAAUUAAGAUGUACAGUUAUUUGCGACAGCAUUUUUUGAAAAGUUAACUGACCUCCAGUUGAAGUUAAGUACAGAUUUAUGUCAGUGUAAGUCUUGGUAAGAUAUCAGGAAACAAGAAGUCUAAAUUUUUUUGGAAAUUUUGUUUAAAAAGUUGGGAUGUCAAAUUAUGUGACUUUGAAGUAUGUUCUAAUUCAUAAUUCUCUGAAAUUCUGAGAUCUUUUGUGUUUUUGAGUCAAGAGGAAAGUGCAAUAAAAUUGAUCUGAUCCCAGUUCACUCAAGAUAGGGUAUUUAGUUGUAUUUUAGUUAUUUCCAGUUCUACCCCACAUACAUAGGUGAUACUCCCAAGUCUCUGAUACUUAGCUUUGCUGUUGGUUUUAUCAGAUUUCUGUUGCAGGAGGCUAAUGGGGAGUAACAGAGCCUUUGUUUAUGUAAAUCAACAAGAUAAAAUUACAUCCUUUCUAGCAGGAGCUGAGAAACUGAUAAUGGGCUUAGAAAUGUAUGAUUUUCGAUAGACAGUGAUCUGAAACCAGGAAAGAGUGAGUCCAGUAGAUAGGAGAAAGUUUGCUAUUUAAAAUGAAAUGUCCACAGCAUUGUAACAAUCAAUAGCAAUGUAUAUAUUCACAAGUAAGUAAUGCCAUGACAUUUAAUAAACAUCCUCAAAACAAACAAACAAUAACAAUAACAGCAGAAGGACAAACGAUCCCUCAUAUAAGUAGGCUGGCUACCUGGACAUAAAUAACAUCCUCACGAGGCAUUCUAAAAGAUCUAAUUGAGGCUGGUAUCUGGGCGAGUGUUGCUCUUUGCCUGUUGAAUGUCCACACUACAAGAGGUGAUGAGCCUUGUUCUAAGUACAAGUGAACUUGUAUUUGUGUAAUCUCCUGAAGGAGAGCUAUAGUUUACAUUCAAUUUUGUGGUCUUUCUGCUAUGAGAAGUGUUUAUUUUGCCUUUUUCAAAGCAUUCACUUGACUUAGCAACCUCGAAUAAGGAAAGGAAAAAUAUAACCCUUUGAACUGAUCUUUUGCUGCUUUUGUAAAUUCUGAUUGUGAAUUUGGGAGUGAGGAUGUUCAAAAGCCCAUGUGAAUUUAUAUGCCUUCCAAACAUUGUGCCUGUUCUAAUGUGAUGAGCUUUUAAAACACUUUGUUAAAACAUGAAUCAAUUUUUGUAAUUAUAUAGAUGCUCAUAACUAAUUUUGAAUGCUGAUUGCAUAACUAAAUUUUUAUAACCAAAAAUAUAUU